AACAGGGCAAAAUACAAUACCAAAGAUUAAUAAUAGCCAAAGUGUGAAAAUGGCCGAGGAAGUGAAGGUGUUUGGCGUUUGGGGAAGUCCUUUUAGUCGCAGAGUAGAGAUUGCUCUGAAACUUAAAGGUGUAGAUUAUGAAUAUGUUGAAGAAGACCUUUCAAACAAAAGCUCUUUGCUUCUCAAAUACAACCCUGUUCAUAAAAAAGUCCCUGCUUUCGUACACAAUGGAAAAGCAAUAGCAGAGUCUCAAGUCAUUCUUGAAUACAUCGACGAAACCUGGAAAAACUCACCAAUCUUGCCUAAAGACCCUUAUGAUAGAGCUCAGGCACGUUUUUGGGCCAGGUUCAUUGAUGAGAAGUGCAUGUCUGCACUAUGGAAAGCCUUUUGGAAGCAUUCUUAUAAUUGGGAGGUCGUGAGUUCGAGACAUCAUGGUGAGACCUUAUUGGGGUGUGAGGAUCAUGAGAAGGCUAAGGAAGAAGCAAAAGAGCAUCUAAAGACCCUGGAAAAUGAGCUAAAAGAUAAAAAGUUCUUUGGGGGAGAGACUGUUGGUUUGGUGGAUAUUGUUGGCAACUUCAUAGCCUAUUGGCUGCCACGUAUUCAAGAAGCUUCGGGAGUGGAGCUGCUGACCGAAGAGAAAUAUCCCAGGCUAUACCAAUGGAUUCAUGAAUUUGAGAACCAUGAUGUUGUCAAGGAAAAACUGCCUCCUAGUGAUAAACUACUUGCUUUCUUCAGGGGUCGUUUUGAAAGCGUUUCCACUUCCAAAUAAAAAUGUUCCAGGGGUUGUAAAUUCUAUAAAAUCAUGAUCAUGUUUCAUGGUGAUGAUGGAAAAGAAAAAUAAGUCUGAAUUGGACAUCAGUGGGGUCUGAUGUUGGUGUAAUGUUUUCCCCGUUGUCAUUUCAAUUAGCAAAAAUCAAACUAGUCACUAAUAAUUACUGAAAUUUCCAUUUUCCAAUUUCAGUUGAUAGUUUCUGUUUUA